AAAUAUUUAAAUUUUAUUAGGCUUUAUAUAUAUAUGUGCGAUAUUCUUAUAUCCUUAAAUUAUCUUAUCAAUAAUUUUAGCACAUAUUUAUAUUUCAUUCAUGAAUAAAAUUCUUUUUAUGAUAUAUAAUAAGAUAUAUAUUUUUAGUGCAUAUAUAAAAUAACAUAUAUUUAAUCAAGAUUGCAUUUAAUUGCACGAUAUAUUGUGCUAAUAUUUAUAGGAAUUAUCUCUUUAACUAAUAUUAAAAUGAUAAUAGUAUUAGGGGGUGGUAUAUCAGGUCUAUCAGCAGCUUAUUAUGCCGCUAAUAAUGCAAAAAAUUCGGCUAUCAUUUUAUUGGAAGCGUCCAGUCGCGUGGGUGGAUGGAUACGAAGUAGAAAAUCACCAACUGGAGCAAUAUUUGAGCAAGGACCGAGAACUGUUAGACCAGUUGGAUUAGCUGGAAAAAAUACUCUUAACUUGGUGGAGGAUCUUCAAUUGAGUAACAAAUUAAUUCAUAUCGGACCAAGUCAUCCCGCGACGCGGAAUAGAUUAAUCUACGCAGAUGAGACAUUGCAUCUGUUACCAUCUUCGUUGAAGGGUAUCUUCAAAACGACUUCAUUGUUAGAUCGUCCUCUGAUAAACUGUCUAUGGACCGACUUGACGGCUCCCAAGGUAUCCAAAGAGGAUGAGAGUGUCUAUAAUUUCGUUCAAAGAAGAUUAGGUCAAGACGUUGCGGAUAAUCUUAUCAGUCCUUUAAUUUGUGGAAUAUGUGCAGGAGAUGCGCGGAAAAUUAGUGUUAAUUUUUUGUUCAAAUCUCUAUUCGAGGCGGAACAGAAAUACGGUUCUAUAGUAAAAGGCGUAUUGGCAAAUCGACUAAAAAACAUUUUUUCAAAAUCGAAAAAUGACGCAAUAAAAGAAAAUAAUACGGACAGUGAGUCUGCAAGUUUACAUCUGACUUUAGCAGAUAGAGCUCAAAAGGAAGGUUGGGCAUUGUGGAGCCUGGAGGGAGGACUCGAACAAUUACCUCAGGCAUUGGCCAAUAAUCUGAAAAAGCGAGGAGUAAAUAUACAAACUGAGACAAAGUGUGAAAAACUUACAUUUAAAUCAAAUCGCAUAGAACUAUUAAUUAACGGCAAUAUUCAAGAAUGUUCGCGCAUUAUUUCGAGUUUACCCGCGAAGAACUUGGCUGAACUAGUGCGGGAACAAUAUCCCAUACUGUCUGCAGAAUUAGAGGCGAUACCUACCGUAACAGUAGGAGUAGUUAAUUUUGAAUUUCAGAGGGAUAUAUUACCAUUACAGGCAUUUGGCUUUCUCGUACCACCGAAAGAGAAUCUUCCUCUGCUAGGUGUAAUUUUUGAUUCCUGCGUUUUCCCUCAAAAGUCUUCUACAGUGCUGACAGUUAUGAUGGGCGGUGCUUGGUUCGAAAAAUAUUUCGGCCCGAAUCCAUCUGAGGAACAUCUAUUAACAACGGCGCUUGAUCAUACAAAAAAGAUCUUACAUAUCGAAGAGGAACCAGUCGCACAUAACGUUGCCGUUUUGAAGGACUGUAUUCCACAGCAUGUCGUGGGUCAUACCCAACGUAUAAAACGCAUCCACAAUUACAUUUCCGCGCGUCAUAUUCCCCUGGGACUGUGCGGUUCUUCUUACCAAGGUGUGGGACUCAAUGACGUUAUUCUGUCAGCAAAACAGGCCGUUUGUGACAUUGUACAGAGUAACUAUGGGAUUGCUCGAGAAAUGUAAAACUGCGAGAGGGGCUCAUAGCACCACAUAAAAGACAAACAAUAAUACUACAUGCAAACACUGUACAUGCUGAAUUGUAACAAUUAUAAACCAUGCAAGAAAACAUAACUUUGCAAACCUGUAUAACAAUAAUAUACAAACGAGACUAAAAGAAAAGGCAAUAAUUGCUGAAUGAAUUAUAAUAUAAAUUACAAAAAUUAUAAAUUAUAAUUUGAAUUGUAAUAUAACAAAAUAUAUAAAGCUUUUAGUUUCUUAUAAGUUUAAGCAAUAAUAAUAGUAAAUUAGUAUAUUUCAUUAUACAAAACGACAUAUGAAAAUGGAAUAGCAAAAUGUAUUUUGUAUGGAGUUGUAUUAAAUGUAAAAUAUAAUUAGCAUUUGUGUAAAAUAUAUAUAAUAUGUUACUUUAUUAGGUUUAUUAAUACAUAAAUAAAAAUAAUAUAUAUAUAUGUAUAUAAAGAACUUCUAAGAGCUAAUCAGAAAAACUAGUUUUCUUUUAGUCCUUAUAUAUACAUGAAAAAAAAACAUUUUCUGCAAAAUGUCACACUUGUGAUAUUCUUAUCAAAUAAUAUAUUUGGUAAUAGAGUGCAAAAUUAUAUAUUAAACUUAACAUUUUAUCACAUAUUUAUUGAAAACGAAUUUACUUUAGUUUGUGUACUUCUUUGUAUUUAAAAAUAUAAAAAGAUUUUUGUCAAAUAUCCAUGACAAAAGAAUAAACAAAUUUUUACUUGCAAGCAUAAUAUUAUUGCAAAAUAAAGCAACAUUUGCCCAGCAAUAAAUUUAACUAGUUAAAAACAUUAUUUUUAUCUUGAUCAAAAUAUGUAUGCAAAUCAAUUAUGUACAUCAAACUAUAUUAAUACUACUUGCAAGUUGAUCAUGCUGAUUUGAAUUAUUUAAAUAAUUAUAUAAAUAUAAUUCAACUAAAUUUAUCUCUCUAAGUUUCUAAAUGUUUUACAUUCAAUAAUAUAACAUUACAAUUGUCUAAUCUUUGACAGUACCUGCGUAUUUAACCUCGUCAAAAGCUUUUCUUGCUUUCUUAAGUUCUUCAUUCAUUGUUAGAAGAUCUUUUACUCUGGCAUAUUUUCUAGGGUCUUUUCUCACU